AUGGCGGCCCGUGGCCUUACAAUCGAUGGGACCAAGUUCCGGGACGCUGAGGGGCGAGAAGUGACAUUUCGGGGUAUCAAUGUUGCGGGAGAAUCCAAGUUUCCUCGCUAUCCGGACCAACCUUCUCAUCAACCUAAUGGCUUCUUCGACACCGAGAACAUCUCCUUUGUUGGACGGCCGUUCACCGAAGAAGAGGCCCAUAUCCAUCUGGCCAGGUUAAAGAGAUGGGGCUACAACGUUAUUCGAUAUAUUUUCACGUGGGAAGCCCUUGAACAUGCUGGCCCCGGCCAGUAUGAUGAAGCCUACAUUGAUCAUACCAUCAAGAUUCUGCGGAUCGCGAAAUCGUAUGGAUUCUACGUCUUCAUGGAUCCUCACCAGGAUGUGUGGUCGAGAUUUACUGGGGGCUCCGGCGCCCCUUUGUGGACUCUGUAUGCGUGUGGCUUGGAUCCUGAGACGUUCACGGCGAACCAAGCUGCAUUUGUCCACAACACCUGGCCUGACCCGGCGGAAUUUCCAAAGAUGCUAUGGCCAACAAAUUACACUCGUUUGGCGGCUCAGGUCACUUUCACUCUAUUCUAUGCUGGGCGGGACUUCGCUCCAAAUGCGAUCAUAGACGGAAAGAAUAUCCAGGACUAUUUGACUGAUCAUUUCAUAGCUGCUUGUGCACAUCUCGCUCAGAGGAUACAUGAGGCUGGAGAUUUGGAAGAUGAUUGCAUAAUCGGGUGGGAAACGCUGAACGAACCCUUUCGCGGCUUGAUUGGCUGGGAAGACUUAGAUGCCAUACCAGACGCACUGAAAAUGAGAAAGGGAACGUGUCCCACUCCUUGGCAGGCGAUUCUCACAGGCGCUGGACGUGCUGUCGAGAUAGACACAUACGCCUUUGGCACAUUUGGCGCAUACAAAAGUGGACGAGAAUUCGUGGACCCUGGAGGUGUGUCGGCCUGGCUCCCCUCAAACUUCGAUGAUUCCAAGUUUGGCUGGAAGCGAGAUCCUGGUUGGAAGCUGGGUGAAUGUCUGUGGGCUCAGAAUGGUGUCUGGGACCCGAGCGAGGAUCUCCUUCUGAAGAAAGACUACUUUGCGUCGGUUCCGAAAUCGGGCACCAAAUUGGACUAUGAAAAAUUCACCAACACAUAUUACAUGGAUCACUUCCGAAGGUAUAGAGAUUCUAUACGUGCUAUCCAUAAAGACUGCAUGAUCUUGAUGCAGUCGGCUGUUCUCGAGGUCCCCCCUAGCAUCAGAGGCACUCCAGAUGACGAGAAACGACUGGUCUUCGCCACACAUUAUUAUGACGGACUCACUCUUAUUCAGAAACACUGGAACAAGUUCUACAACGUAGACGUCUUUGGUAUUUUGCGUCACCGGUACUCAAGUCCCGUGUUUGCCGUCAAAGUUGGCUCAACCGCGAUCAGAAACUGCUUACGCGACCAACUCAAAGCUAUACGAGACGAGGGCCUUGAACAAUUGGGUGAACAUCCUACAGUCUUCACUGAAAUUGGAAUACCAUUUGACAUGGACGACAAGUAUGCAUAUAAGUCUGGCGACUAUUCAAGCCAAACAGCAGCUCUGGAUGCCAAUCAUUUUGCUCUGGAGGGAUCUGGUGCCCAAGGCUACACUCUGUGGACAUACGCCUCUCAGAAUAACCACCAAUGGGGUGACCUAUGGAACGGUGAAGAUCUGUCCAUAGUGUCUGUGGACGAUCCCCUUCUCCCAAACAGCUCCUCUUUGACGACAUCCUCAGGGCACGGGUAUGGCUCUUAUUCUGGUACAAGUUUAUCUGAUUCCACGACCAUCAACCCUUCAAAUCUCAAAGGUGCAUUGAGAAGUCCAGAAAUCCGGCAAAAGCCAUCCUCAGCCCAGCCAGAGGUGGCUUCCAAUCAAGGACUCCGCGCUGCGGAGGCUUUUGUCCGACCAUCCCCAAUUGCCACCGUUGGCGACGUCGUCUCAUUCGGAUUUGACUUGGCUCGUGUGACCUUCACAUUUAGUCUUGUAUCCGAAAGCGCUACCAAAGAGGAGGUUCCCACCGAGAUCUUCUUACCUGAGUUUCACUUCCCCCCCGGCAAGACCCAGGUCGAAGUUAGUGGUGGCAGAUGGAGGAUUGAUGUCGUAGACAUAGAUGGUGAACCUAUGCAACUCAUGAAAUGGUGGCAUGGUGCUGGAGAGCAAAAUAUGACCAUCAAAGGGGUCAAGAGGAAACCAGGAGCAUUGGAUGAAGAAGAGGACGCCGACACUGGUUAUCUAGAGUCGGUCAGGUCUACAGUGCAAGAUUGUUCCGUCAUGUGA